UCUUCUGAGUCAUUUUGUAUUACUUACAGAUGUUUUGUUGCACUCAGAUCAGCACAUGGGUCGCUACAAAUCCAGAUGACCUUCGCCAUGACAUAGAGAGAAGGAGGAAGGAAAGAUUACAGGAUAGUCAUGAAGAAUCCUUUCAAACUGCAGAACAAAAGCUAAUUUCUCACAGGUCAAAGAGACACAAGAAAUCUCAUUUCAGUCAAGUGAAAGUAUCUAGAAGUUCACAAUUUAAACCACCAUCAGAUGAACUUAUCAAGGAUCCUGUGAGAAGAGUGACAAAGAAAACUAUUGUGCAUGUUGGGAAAGAUUAUCCACCUUCUGGAAGAUUUAAACCUGGUUUUGGAAAGAGAGGUUUUACUAUGCAAUCUAAAUAUAUGCGUGUAUAUGGUGUUGGUUUUGGAUGGGCUAAUCACAAGAUAUUCACUAAACACUUCAGGGAAGGUAUAGCAAGAAAACGGAGAGAUGAAAGGGUAAGGAGGCAAUAUGUUCAUUCAGAUAUUUAUUUUGAUCUUGGAGGUACCGUAUUUAGUUUGUAAUAAGAUAUGAAUUUUCAUUCUGCAGAUUUUAAGUGAUUGAUUCUGCAUUAUGUUUCACCAUUUAUUAAUAUAUAUUUUCAUUUCCUCUUUCCUGCCAUGCAAUAUUCUUGUCACAAGAAGGUAGGCAAGUAACCCGCAGCCAGUGAAGGUCCAUGAAUGAGAGCUCAGGUUAAUUUGCUGCUCUUUUUUAAAUCGUCUGCUUACUUUCUUCACUAUUUUCUCAUGGUAGUGUAGAUAUUUCUUUAUAAAGGCCAAGGGACCAUUUCUGCAUUCAGAAUCAAAAAUUCAUCACAAAGUGGAACAACACAAUUUUCUUCCAGAUCUAACAGCCAUAUAAUGCCAGAAUAUCUGUGCAUUAGAACUUGAGAACAAAAAACAUUCUUUCUGAAAGGCAAUGUGCAAUGUUGCAGUUGAAUGGAUACAUGGUUUUACAGGUAUAAAUAUCAGAGAUUCUAAUGUAAUGUUUAAUUUGUUCCCUUUUUAUUUCCCACUUUCUCAAAAAGUAGUGAUCUUUUGACACCAUAUAACCCUCUAACAAUUAACUUAUUGCAUUUUCUUCUCGACUAGGAAUUACCCAGUAGUACUACAGACAAGUAACUGAUUUAUUCUUGGAAACACUGGAAUCCACAAGUCUUUUUGGGAAUAUAAUAUCUACAGAAGAAUGCACUCCUUUCAGUUGAUGUUUAUCUGUACCCUGUGAUGGCUAAAGUUUGUACACUGGACUACGUUUUCUACAUGUUAAUGGCAUAUAUUUGCAAAAAUAUCUUUGAUCUGGAUUUUAGUUAAACUUGUUUUGACACAGUUUUUUGAUGAGACCGCUGUUUCCCGUUUACGAUAUUUUGAUCAAAUCUUUUCUCCCCUGUCCACCUCAGCCUUUUGUCUUAGUUUUUCUAUAAAUGCUAAUUUACUCAUUAACCUGAAAUGGAGAAUAUAAAAACACUAAUAAACAUUGAGAUUCUGUUUACAUGAAACUGUACGAAUCAACGCAUGAUGCACCACGGUAGAAAAUAACUGCAUAGUACAUUUAUAAACCAGUAAGAAGCUUGAGGUGGAUUUAUAAUUAAUUCACAUAUGCAGAGGGAGAGGAAGAACUAAAAUUUUAUCUUGCAAUGAGUGUCUAAGCUCCCCUUUGAAGGAGGAUAAGCAGCAGGUGAUUUUGUUUGAUGUCAAACAUUCUUUCAGUUUGUAAACUUUGCCAAUAGGGUUUCAGAUUUUGCUGGAGGUAAAGUAUUUUUUGAUUUCAGCACAUUUAUAUCAAACAGUAAAAGUGAUUCAGUAUGAGAAAUAGAUCUUUGCUGUUUCACUGGUAUGGGAAUUAUUUUCUGAUGAGACCAGAGUAAAUUGUGUAUGGAAAGAAAAGUGUCAAAAUUGCUAGAAAUUUGAAGGAAAAGUUACAGCAAGUAAUUUGUUUCUGAAAGGGAAAAAUUGGUUGUUUCAGAGAUCUUUUCAUCGUUGUGUGUUGUGAAGAAAGCAUAAAUUUAUUUCAGUAGCUUUUUCACAUGUGCAUUUCCACUGUGUAGAGGUUGGAAUAAAUAGAGAGAUCGAUAGUAAAGCUAAGAAGGAAUAGUGAAGAAAAGUUAGAAAUCUAGUCAUAAGGAAAAGAGGGAUACAAAAAAUAGUGAGUAUGGUAUUGGAUGAUUAUAAAAACGGAAUGAGAGAUUAAAAGAAUCAUAUUAGUCAUAGAAUUGGUUGAUUUUGUUCACUUUCCGUUUGUCCUGUGGUUUUGUUUUAGUGUAUCAAUUUCUCCGCGUAAUAUUUUUUAAACCAGUGUUGUACUAUUUUUUCACAUCUUUAUGGUAGUGUCCAAUACAAUUCCAGAAUAAGAAUACAUGUUGGAAGUGAACAUUUAGCCUCCUGUACACGUUCAAAAUACCUAGGUGGAAGUGCUUUUUUUGUUGGUAAAAAUGGAAAUUUGGUUCUACAGAAAAUGGAAUAUUUUAUUCUGUCUCAAGAAUUGGAACCACGUUAACUUUUCCCCUGGACCAGAAGGUCAAACUUUUCGAAUGACUAAACAUGACUAUUAUGUAAUGCUAGAUUAAUUCACUUCAACAUCUAGUUAACAUUUAAUUCUCAUGCAGCUUGAAUAUUAGAAUGCAGUAUUUUCCAUGGAAAUAACUAUGUAUAACACCCACCAUCCCUUUUUAAACCAUGAUAGAAUCUGCUGUUUAGAUUACUUUUUUUAUACAAACACCUGGAUAAGAUUUCGUCAAUAGGGUUUGCUUUAUUAUGCUUUAAAAGCCCAGUGUCAUUGCAUUAGCCAUUGUCAGGAUUUACAUCUGUACUGAACCAGCUCAGGCUAUUUCCAUAAUGUGGUAAUUCUAACCUCAUCCACAGUUGGAUUUGAAUAAAAGUUGUGAAUAGUGUGACAAUAUCACAAUUUUGUAAUGACAUGUUAGCAUGCGAGAAAAUAUUCUUCCUCUUGUUAAUGUAUUGGUCGUUCAUUUAAAACCUUAAGAUUUUUGAAAGUCUAUGCAAAGAUUUCUACCUUGUAUGGAUGCUUUUGCUUUUACCAGUUUUUGAACCCAUCUUGUUGGUUUAAAUAUGUAAAUAACGUAAAAAAAAUUAAAAUCUGUACACUAGUUUUUUUGCGUGGUUAUGUUUACCUUUCCACCAAAACUUAUAAAUGUAUUAGUAAGUGUUUCAAUGUGGAUUUUUAUUGUUUAAUGUGAUCCCCUUCAAUACUCUUAAGACAAUUGCAGUGUCAGGGACUCAGAACUGACGUGAAGCUAUUUCUAUAGUUGCAUCCUUGCCUUCAUCUAUCAGGUUUGUGACUUCCUUUGCAGUAUUGUCAUUUUGAAAUUAAUAAUUGAAUUCUGCAAUAGGUAGACUCUUCAUUUUUAAGAUUUUUUUGACCCAAAUGCAUUGACUGUAUUCACAUGCUUAUGUAUGGUUUUGGUUGUUUAUUUUAAAAUCGGCAUAAUCUUCUUUGACUCACUUGUUUACUGCAUUAAAUGUUCAUCUAUUGCUUCAA